GCCGCCAUUUGCAAUCUAUUAUACAUUUUUUCAGGAAGAGUAGUGCUGUUUAAAACCGAUAUGGAUAACGAGAUUAACGAAUUUGUUGAAAAGCCACCUCACCAGCCCCGUUUAAACGAAGUGGCCCAAAAAUUUUUGGCAGAUUUGGACGAGGAACGCCAACGUCUGUCUGCCGAAUUUCCAUUGUGCGCUCUAUUAAUAGACGAUGCCGUGGACCGUAUCUAUUGCACUGGUCGCAUUCCCGGCAAAGAGUUUUAUGCUGACGUUUAUAAGCAAAAACCCAUGAAAAUAACGCAAAAAGUAUUUGUGCCUGUCAAGCAAUAUCCAAAGUUUAAUUUUACAGGAAAAAUUUUGGGACCUAAGGGCAAUUCUUUGCGCCGCCUCCAGGACGAAACCCAGUGUAAAAUUGCGAUUAAAGGCCGCAGCAGCAUUCGCGACCGAAACAAGGAGGAGGAAUUACGCAAUUCUGGUGAUCCUCGUUAUUCUCAUCUUCAGAAAGAUCUGUUUCUCGAGGUCAGCACUGUUGCUACGCCGGCCGAAUGUUACGCUCGCAUUGCUUACGCGCUUGCCGAAAUACGUAAGUAUCUCAUUCCCGACAAGAAUGAUGAAGUAUCCCACGAACAACUCCGAGAGCUAAUGCAAAUGGAUCCUGAAUCGGCGAAGAAUAUUCAUGGACCUAACCUGGAGGCAUAUAGGUCCGUAUUCGAUAAAAAAUUUGGCGGCAGCAGCGGAGCACCCAAGUUUAUAAAUCUUAUUAAGAGAACAGCGGAGAAUCCGCCCGAAGUGGUGGAGGCAGAAGAGGAGGCCUACGAAUAUGACCAUCGUAUGGCAAAACGUGGCGCUCCUACUGGAUAUGAAUACACAAAACCACGUCCGUCAAUAAUACCAACAAAUGCAGCGGCAUAUAAACGACCACAGCCAUAUCCAACUGAAAUGAAACGUAUGCGCGAGCCGCCAAUCAAGUCGUACAAACCAAAUACUUAUACUAUACUGAAGAAAUAUAAAUAAUAACUUACCCUCCAUAGUAUGUUUGAAGACUAUAUAAGUCAAGAUUUAAAAACAACACACGAUAAAAAUAACAUAAAAAGUUGCUAUGGAAACGGCUUCAAAGAAGGUCUUGAUAAUAACAUAAAAGGAGGAAAAGAAAAUUUAUUAAAUCUAUUAAUUAUAACAACAACAAAAAACUAUAAACAUACUUCAUUGAUGCAAUGCUGGCUUCUAAAAGUUUCAUUUUAAUGUUCAUAUAUUGAUGUGCCGCAUAAAGAGCGGCUUAAGAAAUUUCUAAAGUUAAUUAUUAAUGCGUUUAUCGUAUGCAUAAAUGUAGUAUAUAAUAAAUUCAUAUACAUAUAUAUAUAUCUCUUAAUAUAAUUUCAUGUACUUUACUUUCUGCAAUGGACUGUGCCCGCAUUCCAAUUGCCACUAAACAAAUAAGAAUCAAAAAGAAACAGAUUAAACAAAUUGAAAAUAAAAGAAUUAAAAAAGUUA